AUGGAUAUAAUCAUAGCUAUUAUUCUUUGUAUAAUAUUAAUAACUUUUUUACACUUGAAAAAAAGAAUACCUUUUAGUGCGCCUGGACCAACUCCUUUACCGAUUAUAGGAAAUCUUCACUUGAUCGACAAAGGCAAACCACAAUAUGCUCUCCACAAUCUCUAUUUAAAGUAUGGAAACAUCUACUCGUUGUGGAUGGGAUCUGUGUAUGCUGUGGUCUUGAGUGAAACUGAUAUCAUCCAAGAUGCUUUGGUUAAUCAUUCCGAUGUAUUCUCAGACCGUUACAUUACACCACUCUCAGCGAUAGUCGGACAACUCAAAGAUCUUGGAUUUUCGAAUGGUGACACCUGGAGCAUGUGCAGAGCGAUAUGGGCCAGUGCUUUUACCAGAUCAAAGGUCUUACAGAUGGAGAAAACACUCACCAACAAUAUAAUUAAAUGUUUAGAUGUUAUUGAAAAAGAAUCAGAAUCUGGUGAGCCUGUUAAUAUUAGAUAUUAUGUUAAAAAGAUUGCUUUCAAUGCUGUAUUUCAAUUGUUAUUAUCAAAUGAAGCACCUUAUGAACUUGGAAAAAGCAAUGACCUCGAUGAUUUGAUUCAUGCCACUGAUGAAGUUGCCAAAUGGAUGUCACAUGGAAAUCCAGGUGAUUUUAUACCUUUAUUGAAACCAUUUUCCAAUGUAAAAAUUAUUUGUAUUUUGAAUUUUAAGAAACUAAAUUUAUUAAUUUCAACUCCUAUACAGUUUACAAAUUUACAAAAUGCAAUUGAUUGUGUAAAUAGACAUUUAAACAAGUAUAUCCAAGAACAUAAAGAUACUAUUGAUCCUAAUAAUCCAAGAAACUUUAUGGAUAAUUUCAUUUUGGAAGUUGAAAAUCAUAAAGAAGGAAUAUUGGAUGACGUUUGUAUUUUAAAGAAUUCAAGUGAUUUUAUUAUAGCUGGAACAGACACAACUGCCUCUACUAUCGAUUGGAGUAUUGUAUUCCUAGCAAACUACCCAGAGUAUCAAGAGAUGAUUCACAAAGAGAUUACUAUUUUCGAAAAUGGAAACAACGAGUUUAACUUUACCAAUAUGCGUACUUCAUUGCACAUCACCCAAAACUUUAUCAAAGAGGUUUGGAGGCUCAGACCCAUAGUACCACUUUCACUUCCACAUAGAACCUCAAAAGAGAUUGUUUUCCAUGAUUAUUUUAUUCCUAAAGAUACAUUGAUAUUUACCAACUUUUUUAGUGCAUCUUUAAAUGAAAAAAUAUGGAAAGACCCAUAUGUAUUUAAUCCAAUGAGAUAUUCAAAUAAAGUUGAAGCUUCACAACCUACACUGGUGUUUGGAUUUGGUCCAAGAAAAUGUGUUGGAAAUAACUUGGCAGAGGUCAAUAUUUUAUUGGCUAUCGCACAUAUUGUCAAGAGAUUCAAGAUUGAAAGAGUAUCUGACGAAAUGAUUGAUGAAAACGUUCAAAUCGGUUUAACAAUGGACACUUUACCAUAUAAAGUAAUUGUAACAAAGAGAUAA